GAUUUCGUGUUUUUAAAGUUUUUGGAACACUAAAACAGAAGGAAAAUGAAGUUUUGCUGAUAGCUCAUAAAUUGUUGGAAGUUAAAGAUAUACCGGGUAGUCUGAAUGUACUAUCAUUGUUAUCUGCAGCAGUACGUCCUAUGCAUUAUCAAUACAAACAGCUCAAAUAAUACAAAAUUAUAGAAAAAUCUCCAUUCUUUCUCUUUUUUUCUCUGUGUCAACUGUGAAUGUUAAGAAUUGCUUCUACCAUUCUGAUUAACUUCUUAUCUAAACAAAACAUGAGUAUAUUUAUGCAGUGUUUAAAUCCUCUUACUGGCAUUGCUACAUGGGAAGAAAAGGAUCAAUACUAUGAUUAUCAUCAGGAAGUAGCUAGAUCUGCAUUUGCAGACAUGCUACAUGAUCAUGAGCGAAAUGAGAAGUAUUAUAUUGCUCUACAAGUAGCUAUCAAAAAGAAGCAUCAAGCAGGAGAAGAGGCUAAUGUGUUAGACAUAGGCACUGGUACAGGAUUGCUAUCAAUGAUGGCAGUCAAAUGUGGCGCUGACACAGUAACUGCAUGUGAGGCAUUUACACCAAUGGCCAAUUGUGCUGUGAGGAUAAUCAAGGAGAACGGUUUUGAGGACAAAAUCAAAUUGAUCCGCAAACGCUCUACGAAAAUGACGAUCGGAAAGAAUGGUGACAUGCCAAAGCGAGCAAAUAUUCUAGUUACCGAGGUAUUCGACACGGAAUUAAUCGGCGAAGGAGCUCUGUCAACAUUUCGACAUGCUCACGAAGUUCUUCUCGAGGACAAUAGCAUUGUCGUGCCAUGCAGUGGGACAAUAUGGGCGCAGGUAGUCGAGAGCCCUAGAGUCUGCGCUUGGAAUCGAGUGAAGCCUAUUCGAGACGGAAAAGAUACGUUAGUGAACGCUCCGCCGGCUAUUCAGGCAUGCUCUGGCGCAGCAGCAGUGCACGAUAUGCAGCUGUCUCGUAUUCCUCGUGACGCUUUUGUACCAUUACUGACACCACAACCCAUCUUCAGGUUUGACUGGUCUGGCAAAGAACCUCUGUUGUACAACGAAAAAGUAUCGUUACGCGCACAACCGAUAACUACUGGAAUCGCGCAUGCUAUUUUCAUGUGGUGGGACUUGAAUAUGGAUAUGGAUAAUCAAAUUCUGCUAAGUUGUGCACCUGUGUGGGAGCAUCCAGACGUUCCUGAUAAGGUAAAGGAAGAUAAUGAACGUUUACAAGAGAUGGCGAACUUAAUACCUUGGAGAGAUCACUGGAUGCAAGCUGUAUAUUAUCUUCCGGAAGAAGUGCCGAUUACAUACGGUACUGAAGUGAACCUCGUGGGAUAUCACGACGAAUACUCUUUCUGGUUUAAAUUACUGAACGGAUCAAUAGAAAAGAUUCCAGAAUGCCCGAGACCUGUAUGUAACUGUUGUGCGCAUGUUGCAUACUCGCGGACGCGUAUCGGUCAAUUGAAUGACACAGAUCGCAAUAAAAAGUACAUACGAGCUCUGCGAAAAAGAAUCACUGCAAACAGCGUCUGCCUCUGUCUUUCGGACGGUUGUUUAUUAGCGCUCGCGGCUGCAAAACUGGGCGCGAAGGUAUUUCUGCUGGAACAGAAUUUUUUGUCGCGCAAAACCACGGAGAUGUUCCUAGAAGCAAACGGUCUCACUGAUCGGGUGAAAAUCGUCGAGUCGAUUGACGAUUUACCGGAGGCUCGUGAGAUCAAUUUUAUUUUCGGCGAACCGUACUUUUUAAACUCCAUAGUGCCCUGGGAGAAUUUACGAUUCUGGUACCUCGCCUCUAGAUAUCCGUCGAGCAUCGCACGGAUGCCAAUUGUAGCAACAAUUAAAGCUGUCGCUGUUGAAUUCAAAGAUUUGCAGAAGAUAAGAGCACCCCUUGGCGUCUGCGAAGGUUUCGACUUGUCUUGCUUCGACACACUUGUGCAAGCGUCCAGUGAUAAAAGCGACAAUCCCAUAGAAGCGCAUCCACUCUGGGAAUAUCCUUGCAAAGCAUUAUCUUCAACCUUUAAUAUCAUAGAGCUUGAUCUCACGCGUAAUGUAAAUUUUGACGAGCGUAUUCAAGUAUCGGGCGAUGUCCCGUUUUUAGACAACGGCUCCUGUAAUGGUGUUGUUUUAUGGGUAGAUUGGCAAUUGGACACGGAGAUUUCUGUGUCCAGCGGUCCGAUGGAGGAAGUGGUGCCUGGCAGACGUGUGUCAUGGGAUCCAUUUACGAGACAAGGAGUGCACUUAUUCCGUAAAAUUUGUGAUGUAACUAAAGGAAACGUGCUUUCUUGGUCAUUUACUUUUAUCCCGCAACACGGCGAAGUCGAAUUCAACUUUAAUUAUUAG